GUAGUGGUUACUAAGACGACGCCAAGCCGCAAGUCGGUGAGAGCAAAGCUGCGUCUCAGAAGUCGGGCUGUGGCCGCCUCCUCCCGCCUCGGGUCCACGUGGAGGCACUGAGUGGGUCAGUCCCCUCCCUGACUCAGGCGUCCCGGUGUGCUCAGGUACCCAUGAACCCCACCCGGAACGCUAAAUGCUCUUCUCAGGCCGAGGACCCCAAAGUCUUCUUUGGGAGGUCGCAGGCUUCAUCAUUUCUCUGUGCCAGGCCCGGAUGUGAUGGAUGAUGCACGCAACAGAGCUAAGCCAGUCCCGGAGUGUGUUUCUAGCUGGGGAGUCGGUUAAAGUGAGAGAGUUUUCUAUUAGGAUUAUUGAAAACAGAGUGAUUUUUUUUUCCCCUGAGGAAAUCCUAAAAGGUUCAACAUGAACAACGUUCAGGCAAAAGAGAUCAUAGUGACAAACACAGCUGGACUAUGCAGUGAGAAACGGCUCCCAGACUUUUCCCAGUCCGCCUCUGAUCUCUUGCUCCCACCUACAUGGCUGAAAGGAGCCCCAUGAGGCAUGUGUGGAUACUCCAAGCUACAUUUGAAUUCUGUCCCAUACCUCCGAGGACAGCUGGGCCAUAGGCAACUUUCAGGUCUACUUGGGCUCAUGUUGGCAUCUGGUUCUUCCUCCUGGAGAAACUGGGAAAGGCGUAUGCAGACCCUGGUAUCAUUUGGGCAGUGAUUUCCACAGACUUGACUAGAAGAGGGAAAUAAGGUUUUGGCUUUGAGUUCGCAGAAGUUCUCAGUGCCACCUGCUGUGAUGUCAUCCUCCAAAGGAAGUCGGAAGCAAAGGCCGUCUGUGUUUGCCAAGGGACCACUGGAGAUUCCAUCUCCAACAGAGGCAGACUUGCCUAAGGAUGAUGAGAAGGAUUUUGACUUCUGGGACAUGUAUCAAGAACUGGACACUCUGCCUUUGCCUUACCGAAUGAUCAACAAGCUGGUGAACCUCCUGUUUGACUACUCAUGGGAAGUUAUUGAGGAGAGAGAAGCUUUACGGGAAAUUGAGAAAAACCGCAUCCUGCCUACCACCUACCCUCCAGGUGCAGAAAUCCAGCUCAACAAAAUGCCUGGUGGUAUGGCUGUUUCACAAGACUAUCUGUUUAUUGGAGGAGUCAAAGGAUUCUCAAUCUAUAAUCUGCACAAUUUCAAAAGAAUGUAUGUUUGGGAGAAGUUAAAGGUUGAUGUUAUUUCCAUCUGGGCCAUGGAUUUGGGGAAUGAAGUACUUAUCAUUCCUGUGGAUGAACUAGGUAUUGUUAGAUUGUUUUACUUGUAUAAAGACAGUCUUUUUCUCCUUAAAGCCAUCAAUGAAAUGGAUGAUAUCAGCAAGCAAAGCACCUGUGUGAAGAUGGAACUCUCUCCAAGCGGGGACUACGCAGCGUUUCUCCUCCAAGGAGCUGGGGACAUUUGGCUGGAAGUAUAUAAAUUGCCCAAGGAGACUUGGCUAAAGGAAGUGGAGCACCCACAGUUUACUCUGAAUCCAAAGAAAAAAACCAAACAGCUGCAACUGAGCACUCCCGACUCUGCUCUUACAGAAAGUGUAGAAACGAACUUACGACCAAGUCUAAGCCCUUAUGCAAUCCAGGACUUAAACAUUUGUUUUAAAACUGACCUUAAAUUGAGUCCUCCAGUUUAUGUAAUGAAGAUUAAACCCCCUAAGCCCAUAGCAGGUACUACAUUUAAAAGCCCCCUGGAGAUCUUUUCAAAGGUAGAAGACUACUGUGGGCUAGGCUCCGGGCAGAAUCACUACAUCAAGGAUGUGCAGUGGGAGCAGCACAUGGAGAUCUUCAAUGCCUCCUACAAGAAGUACCUGGAAGGGGAGUGGGAAGAGGAGCCACUCAGUACAGCCACGUUCCACUUCUUUACUAACUCCAUAUCCCCAAUACCAGUGGAUGCCAAGAGCCCUCCAGGAGCAGCCUGUAUCCUCGGCAUACGUUGGACUGGAAGUCAUAAUUUCUCCCUCUAUUCACUGAACAAAAACCUGAAGGAUAAAACCGACUGUGAGAACGUAUGGCCCUGUGCUGCGCCCAUUACAGUGUCUCAGAUCAGCAGCUCUUCCUCCUACCUGGUCCUCGCCUGUGAGGAUGGUGUGCUCAUUCUGUGGGACCUGGCCCAAGGAUUCCUCUUUGGGGUCAUUGCUCUACCCGAGGGCUGUUUCUGCCAAAGCAUUCACUUCCUAAGGUUCUUCCUGGUGCACGAAGGACGGAACGUGUACCCUGAAGUCCAGGUGAAGUAUGAAAUGAUGUGUGUGGUGCUGUGUACCGAUGCUUCCCUCCACCUGGUGACAGCCAGCAGGACCACGGGACCCACCAGCAAGGUGCUUGUUGAGAGGUCUAAGAAGUACCCGGAAGAAACCAUCUGUACAGUUGCCUCAGUCCCAGCCUUGCCUGGCAUGGUGCUAAUCUUUUCCAGGAACCAGUCUGUGAGCCUCAUGGACGUGGCCAAGUCUGAAAUCAUCUGUGCCUUUGCAGCCCCUGUACAGCCUGUGGAGGCGAUGCCCUGGAAGCCACUGUUUGUUGUGUCUCCACACCAUCCAUAUUUUCUGCUUCACGGAGUGCACCCAAAUGAUAACGCCACACCUACCGUUGAUGCCAAGAACACCACAGAUUCUGUUUUCUGUUUUAAUUUUGAUGACUAUCCCCUCCUGAAAGAUAUCUCCAAAAAUUGCACCAUUUCUCAAAAGGACUUGGAAUGUAACCAGGCCUUCCCCCAGGUGUUGCCACUGGAGAAAAGAUGUGAGCAAUUCCUCCAGAAGAG